GAACCGAAUCUGAUUCCCCGGCGACUCGUCGUCCGUUCCGAGUCGAACCGUGUCAAAUCCUGUGGGAACUCGCGAGCUCGACGCCUUAAAUUCGACCGAUCCAUCGGCUCUUGUUGGUUGGUUCUUGCCCAGUGGCCGCCGCGAUUUCGUCCAUCCUCACUCGCGGCGGUGCGAUGGCGCAGAAGAAAGGGCAGCGCGGCGCCACCUCCGUCGCCGCCGAUGACUCGGAGGUUGUGGCUCGCAUUCCCCUCCAGGCCGUCCUCCUCGCAGACAGCUUCAACCUCAAGUUCCGCCCCAUCACCCUCGAGCGCCCCAAGGUGCUGUUGCCUCUGGUGAACGUUCCCAUGAUCGAAUACACUCUUGCUUGGCUCGAUUCCGUCGGGGUCGAGGAGGUUUUUGUCUUCUGCUGCUCCCACUCACAGCAAGUGAAGGACUACUUGAAAGAGUCUGAAUGGAUGAAGCCUUCGUCCAGGUUUUCCAUCACCACGGUCGAGUCGCAUGACGCCAUUAGUGCUGGAGAUGCCCUCCGCGUGAUUUAUGAAAAAUCUGUGAUACGUGGCGACUUUGUUCUCAUUAGUGGGGAUACAAUUAGCAACAUGAACUUAACUCAGGCUCUCCAAGAACACAAGGAAAGAAGGAAAAAAGAUCCACUUGCUGUUAUGACAAUGAUCAUUAAACACUCCAAACCAUCAAAUCUGACACAUCAGACUCGGCUUGGCACUGAUGAACUUCUAAUGGCUAUUGAUCCUCAAACAAAAGAGCUUAUGUUCUAUGAGGACAAGGUUAAUCCUUCGAUUAUUUCUAUUGAUAAAGAGUUGUUAGCAAACAAUACUUGGGUUUAUUUGCACAAUAAUAAGCAGGAUUGCUACAUAGAUAUCUGCUCUCCUGAAGUUCUCAGUCUUUUUAUGGACAAUUUUGAUUAUCAACAUCUUCGCCGUCAUUUUGUCAAGGGUUUACUUGUUGAUGAUAUCAUGGGCUACAAGAUUUUUACCCAUGAAAUUCAUUCAAGUUAUGCUGCAAGAAUAGAUAAUUUCAGGAGCUAUGGUACAAUUAGUAAGGACAUACUGCAAAGGUGGGCAUAUCCUUUGGUGCCAAAUUUUCAAUACUUUGGGAUUUCAUCAAAGGUGAAGCUAGACAGACAGGGAGUAUACAGCGCACCUGAUGUUGUUCAGUCACGAUCUGCACGAAUAGGUGCCACUACCCUGAUUGGAAGUGGCACUACAAUUGGAAACCAUACUGGUAUAUCCAACUCAGUAGUUGGUCGAGGUUGUACUAUUGGGAACAAUGUAUGCAUCGAUGGUUGUUACAUUUGGGAUAAUGUCAUUAUAGAGGAUGGUUGCAGAUUAAAUCAUGCUAUAGUUUGUGAUGGUGUUCAUCUAAGUGCAGGGGUAGUCUUGGAAUCUGGAGUCAUAUUGUCAUUCAAGGUUGAAGUCGGCCGACUGAUUACAAUUCCUGCUUAUUCUAAAGUUUCUUUACGCCCUCAACCUUCCGUCCAAGAUAGCGAUGAGGAACUUGAAUAUGCUGAUGCAAGCAGUGCAGUCAUAGAAAGCCCUUCGAUUACUAGUAUGGUCAGUAAUAGGAAUGCAGAAUCAUCCCCAGAUUAUUCAGCACAUGAGGUUGGUAUUUCUGGUGUUGGUUACAUAUGGUCUACGAAUGAAGGGGAGCAUGAGGAAGAAUGGAGACACUCUAUUGCUCCAAUUCCUGAAGCUAAAUUGACAGAGUUAUCUCACGCUUAUCUUGAGGAACCUGAUGUGCCUUAUCUAGAUGUGAAUGAUUUUCUAGUUUCUGGUGAGAUGAAACCUGAUUCUGAAAGUAUUAGUUUUGAUGAUGGUGAUGGGGGAGAUUAUGGAGAUUCAGCCGAUUUUGAUAAGGAGGUGGAAGCAACUUUCCAUCGGGCACUUACAGGAGUGAACCAAGAAACAGUAAUUUUAGAAAUAAAUUCACUGAGGUUGUCAUGCAAUAAGUCACAUGCUGAUUGUGCUGGGGCAUUAUUCUUUUCUAUGAUGGAGUUGGGUUUAGAAGCUCCUCGUUCCUCUAACAGUGAGCUGUACCAAAACAUUGCCAAAGAGAUCAACAAGUGGAAGGAUCUUUUGAAGCAUUAUCUAAAAAGUGUAGACGAAGAGAUUGAAGUAAUACUGAAGUUUGAAGAGAUUUGCUUGGAAACUGCUACAGAGUUAGCUCCUUUGUUUUCUAUAAUCUUGAGCUAUCUGUAUGAGAAGGACAUUCUAUCAGAGGAUGCAAUUUUGUCAUGGGCAUCAGAGAAAGAAGGAGCAGAUGAAUCGGACAAGAUAUUUGUUAAACAAUCUGAAUCAUUUAUCACGUGGCUAAAAGAAGCUUCAGAGGAAGAAGAUGAAGACAAUGGUGAUGAGUGAGAGAUCAACAUUCUCAUAUGGAAGAAUCAUUAAAAUGUGCUUUAGUCUUAUUCCGACCUUCAUCCAUCAAGGCAUUAUAUUUUACAAGGAAUCCUUACAGCCCCCUCAGUUUUGAAAUCGAGAGGGGUAGGAAAGUGAGUUGUACAUUUGACUUAUUUUUGGUGUUCAAUUUUUUUUUGGAUACUGAUGUCAUUUGGGGAAGCGAAUAAGAGUUCAUGUUUGAGAGGGCAGUUGUAUGGUCAUGUAUGCUAAGUAAACUGUUGUAGCUAGUUCAUAUAAAAAACAUAUUGUUAGCUGAGUGACAGUUGAGGAUUAUUCAUAUGUUGUGCGAUUCAAUGUUGUUUAAUGAAAGUUUCCCCCCAUUUUUGUUGGCU